AUGUCUCAAAACAAGAUCUACCUUAUCACCGGUGCCAAUCGCGGCAUUGGCCGCGGGUUGACUGCUAGUCUUCUUCAGCGCCCAUCUACCACCGUUGUCGCUGCUGUCCGCGACCCUGCUAAGGCCAAUGAUUUGGAGAGCUUACCAAAAGGGCAGGGCUCGAAGGUUAUUGUGAUCAAGCUGGACUCUGGAGUAGACACGGAUGCCAGCGAGGCUGUCUCCCGCCUGCAGAAUGAUUUCGGAAUCUCUGCCCUCGACGUCGUUAUCGCAAACGCUGGCAUUGCCAACAAUGGCAACACUGUUCUCAACACCAGCCCUGAGUCUAUCCGUGAUCAUUUCAACGUCAAUGCCGUUGCUCCCAUCUCCCUCCUUCAGGCAACCCAGCCUUUACUGAAGAAGGCUCAGAGUGGCAACCCCAUCUUCGUUGCGAUGUCGACUGCCAUUAGCAGCAUCGGCUUCCAGGAAAAGCUGGCGCACUUCCCGCCCAGGUUCAGCCCUUACGGAGCCAGCAAGUCGGCAUUGAACUGGCUUAUUAGAAGGGUCCAUAUCGAAGAGCCUUGGCUUACUGCCUUUGUGUUCCAUCCUGGACUGGUCCUCACGGAUAUGGGAACGGGGCUGGUAAAUGCAGCGAAGGAUCCGUCCAAGACCGGGGCCAUCACCGUUGACGAGAGUGUCAGCGGUAUUCUCAAGACACUGGAUUCCGCUUCCAGGGAAAUUAGUGGUACCUUCCAGAAUUACGAUGGUUCUUUCCAGUUUCCAUGGUAA